ACCUUGAAGAACCUCGAAAAACUAACCCAAUCUCCAUCUCCCAAAGUCAAAACCAUCGGAGGAGUAGCAAACUACUCUGUAAAAUACCGCGAGAAGCUCCUUGCACAAGCUACCAUCGUAUCCGCAGUGAACCAGAUUGAGAACCAUCCAUAUCUCCCGCAACAGGAAGUUGUCGAUUUCUGUAAGGAGAAGGGCAUACAUGUUACUGCAUAUAGUCCGUUCGGAAGCACGGGGUCGCCGAUGUUCAACGAUGAGGCUGUGAAUGAAGUUGCGAAGAAGCAUGGUGUGAAGGUUGGAAUCGUAUUGUUGAGUUAU